AGACGAUAUCACAUGAUCUUGCGAAAACUUUGAUGGCAUCGGAUUUGGCGUUAUUAGCAACUAUUCGUAUAUCAAAAUAUGGGGAUAUUUUCAUUAACAUUGUUAAUUGUUGUAUUUAGAAACACAAAUGUGGCUUUAUCAGCCGAUUCUAUUGUUUUCGACAAUUCGCAGGGCUUAGGGCGGUUAUUUGAUGGCAUUGGAGGACUCAGCGGAGGAGGAGUGAGUUCAAAAAUAGUUCAAUUUUCAAUAAAAUCAUUUUGACUUCUUAACUUGACUAUACUUUGACAUCUCACAACUGAGUUAAUAUUUUAAGCUUGAACUUGAGUCUAAUUACUAAUUUAAUUUAUUUUAAAAUCCUUUGCAUUUAUCUUCGCUUUUGUUCAUGGCUGGCUGGCAAAAUCUUUGGACGGCUAACUGACCCACUUCUUGUCAACCUCGUCAGUAGUAAUACUAAUACAGCUGAAACUUGGCACUUGACUUAGACAGAGACUCGUUGCUGAUGACAACACAUUCUAUACAAUUUCCGGCCCCACCCGACAACUCCAAAAAGUAAUUUUUUUUCACUGGGAAGAUGAAGGAAAUUUGGUGACGUUGAUUUCAUAAAUUAAAAUUCCAGAUAACUGCACUAAAGGAGAUUCUUUUUUAAAAUAAACAUCGCAACUGCUUUUGAUGCGUAGUAUUUUCUUUUGAUUUUCUGAAAUAGUUGGUGAAAUAAAAAUGAGUUUAAAAAAAAAAAGGGGGGGGGGGUUCAUUAUAAUAUUAAUAAGCCUAUAGUUAAGGGGCAUGAAAAAAUUGUGCUGUUGCGAGUCGGGGGGGGGGGGUUGAUACUAAUUGGGAUUCUUAUAAAGUGAAUUACUUGUAUAAUUAUGCAUGUUUUGUCAGAUUUUCAGCCCCCCACCCCAUUGCACAAUAUUACAUUUUAUAAUAAAGGGUUUAUUCAAAAAACAUUUUUUUAAAGUGAUGUUUAAAAUACCUGAAACAAAACAAAAAAUUUUGAGGUUGGUUAUCUAAUUAUCAUUUUCAUGUCAAUGAUAAUUGUCAGUCAUGACAUGAGACAUGAGUCACACAAAUGUUAACUUAUGUCUCCAGUAAAUCAACUUCUUUGGGUCUGAUGUAGCUAGUUCAAAUAAUUUAAAAAAUGUAUUUAUAAAUAUAAUGGGGAAUUUCAUCAACAAUUUUUGUGUGGUUCCCCUCAUCUUUUUUUCCCCAGGCAAACACACAAACCUUUUUCUCUCAUAUAGUUUUACACCAUAAUUUAUUCUAGCAACUCAUUUUGACUUCAUCUUCAUCAAAACAAUAAGAAAAACAUGUUUACUUACUUAACUACACUAACUAACAAGUCUAAACACCAUGAUUAUGAUGAUUAUAAAUAUAACAGUUAUUAUCAUUUCAAUUAUCUAGUGUGAUUAGUAAUAAAAAGUUACAACACACUCUUAAUUUUCCCCUACUGUUCAAAUUGUAUUUCUUCUUAUCAUCAUGGCAUAAACACAGUGCAUUAUGAUUACACAUUUUAUUAAACAAUUGGCUUACAAUUGGCUUAAAAAAUAAAUUUUUUGCAAAUUUGAAAGGCUACAUCAAAACUUUUGGUCAACUACCCAUUACAGCAACGAAAUGAAAUACUGGAUUACUUGUUUAAGGUGAGAAAAAUAAAAUAAGAGAUGUUCUGGAUGCUUUUUAUUUGCUAAAUUAAUAUCUGUAAAACUUAUUUUGAUCUGGAAAAAUUAAAUUUUGACGUUUUUUUAGUCUAUUCAUUAAAAAUAUUACUUUAAAUUGUGAUUGGGUACAGUUAAUUUAUGUGUUGCUCAAUAUCACAACCUGCAUAAUAAAUAAAACAUUACUCAAGUUGAUUCCUAAAUUAGCAUAUGGCUUAUACAGAUAUUGUAACUGUUAAAGCAAUGAUUUACAUUGGUAUCUUUGUAAAUAUCUUUUAUUAAUGUAACACUAUUUUUCUGUCACUAAUUUCCCAGCCAAAAUUUGGAGCUUCUCUUCAGAUUUUGAAAGUAGAAAUAGGAGGGGAUGUUGAAAGUACAGGUAAGUUACUUAUAAAUGGAUAUUAUAUCUUUCACAAGCAUUACUUACUUAACACUGUGCUGUGCUCCAGCUUGUAUUAUUUAUAAUUUGAAACAUUAUUGAUACAUGAUGACUUUACUUUUAAUUCUGUAAAUUAUUUUGGCUGAUAGCUCCCUAUCUUUAUUUAUAUUUUUUUGUACCGCAGACAAUUUUUAUUUUCACAGCAAGUACCUGCUAUCUUCCAACUUCAUGCUUGAGUUUUUUAACUUAGGUUUUAUCUCAUCAGCUAUAAUAGUUAGCUUAUUUAAGUAGAAUAUUAGCAUUGUAAAAGGGCAAAUCAAAUUAUAAGAAAUAUUUUCUAAAUAAUUAUAAUUUAAAAAAUGCUACAUUUAGUACAAAACGUUUUAUUUUAUUUUAGAUGGCACAGAAGCAUCACACAUGCAUAAUAGUUGGGAUGAAAACUAUGAGAGGGGCUAUGAGUGGUGGCUGAUGAUGGAAGCCAAAAAGGUCUGACCAAAUAAUAGUUGUUUAAGUCCAUUCAUGAGAAUUUUGGUACGUCAAAUUUCACGCAGAAUAUAACACAUGGUUUUAAAACAUAUCCACUUUUUCUAGGUUUAAGGGUUAUUAUAUUCAGAAUCUAUUUUCAUUAUUGGAUGAAUACUGGAUAAUAAUUAUAAAUAGUAGCAAACAUUUCAUUGCAUCAUUUUAAAACAUUUUGUAUAUUUUAAAAUCAUUUUAACUUAAUUCUAAAUCUUACUUGAAUUUUUAAAACAAAAUCUAUUCAUAAUUUUUAAAUUGGAACACAUACUUUUUUUGGAUAGCGUUUAUGUUAGAAAACAAUUUUGGUUGUAAUCUACUUUAGUUGUUUCUUUGUUCAGAGAAAUCCAGGUAUCAAGCUAUAUGGUUUGCCAUGGGGGUUUCCAGGCUGGUUAGGACAAGGAACUCAGUCACCAUAUGCAAAUGUCAGUGUCACAGCAGACUACAUUGUUCGAUGGAUUAAUGGUGCCAAGAUGUGGUACAACUUAACCAUUGAUUACAUAGGAGUAUGUUUUCAUUUUUGUUUCUCUUUUAGAUUUAAUAUUGAAUCUUAAAAUAAUAAAAUAAACCAUUAAUAUUUAGGCCUACUCAUUUUGUAAAUAAAACUUGGUCACAAAUAAAAAAUAACAAGAUACCAACAUUGGCUGUCUAAGUUGUGGCAUUACUAUGAUUACAUCCUUGAAAUAUUUUUUUCUUCCCUUCGUAAUUGUAUAUACUAAAAAAAAAAACUGAAUAGGGAAGCACUACCCCUUGUACCAGAUUCAUCAAUACGGCACAAGUGCGUAUAUUACACUAGUAAAAUAAAAUAAUUUUUAUUUGACUUUGUAUUUUCAAAUUAAAUCAAAGAAGUAUUUAAUUUUUGAAAAUUUCUGUUCAGUGUCAUAAUAAAACUUAACAUAUAUUUAACUUGUUAAAAUUGGCAGAUUUUGCAAUGUUAAAUAACACCUUUGCGGUCUGUUUUGACAAAGUCAUGACCGUAGCUAACUUUUAGAACACCCAAUUUUAUUUUGUUUCAAUGGCUAACUUUUAAACUGAUGUAUUUUCAAUUAGUCAAAUUGAAUGACCUUUCAGUGAGAAUUGUUUUAACAAAUUUUCGAAGGGGUUAAAUACUUUUUCACACUGUAAUAGAGUGUCUUGUUUUUUAUUUAACUUAAAUUUACUUUAUUUAAUACUAUUUCAGAUCUGGAAUGAAAAAAGAUAUGAAAUAUCUUACAUCAAAGUGAGUUAAUUAAUACUAUUCAGUAUGACUGCUUUAUUAAGUAUCCACAUCAAUUUAUUUAUUACUCACACACAAAUAUGUAUUUAUUUCAUUGAUUGUUAAAAUGUUAAAUCUUUUUAGAAACUUACAUUAUAAUCCAUUUGGUAUUCUUAUCUUGUGCUGUUUAUACAUUGUCUUUGCUAAUAUGUGCAGACAUUGUUUUCUGACAAAAUUUAGGCCCUUAGAGCUUUAUUGGAUCAACGAGGCUUUCAAAAUACCCUUAUCAUAGCAGCAGAUGAAAAAUGGGAAAUUGCUAAAGACAUAGAAAAAGAUGCAGCUCUGGCUAGUGCCGUGCAUGCAAUAGGGUAAAUUAUUCUUUAACUAAAUAUAAAGCAUUAAAUGUUUUACAAUAAAUGUAUGAGAAAAAAAUUCAUUAUAUAUUAAUUGAAACUUUGGAUCUGAAACCUCAUUAUGUAUAAUUAUGAUUUAUAAAUCCUUCUGAACCUGCUUGCAAGUAUAAAUAACCAAAAAUAAUUUUGCACAUUAAAAGUUAGUUAAUGUUCAAAAUCCACUAAGCCACCCUACAAAAUGUGCAACUAAAUUCUCCUAGGAAUAAAAAAAAUAUUUGAAGCAUAAGGGUAUGUCAUUUGUAGACCAGUCAUUCAAAGUCACUGAGCCAAAAUACAUCUACCUUAUGUGUAGUUUUAUGUUAACUGCAAAAAGUGCCAAUUUAAUUUCAACACAGCUGUCACUAUCCUGGUACAUACUCAAAUCAAGAUGCUGUAAAGACUGGAAAACAAUUGUGGGCAUCAGAAGAUUACAGCACAUUUAAUGAUGAAAUUGGUGGAGGAUGUUGGGCCAGGGUAAUAGUCUCCACAUUUAAAAAUUCAUUAUUUUAACAUGGCUAAGUUUAGAAAUCACUUUUAUAAAAAAGAAAAUAAAUUUUAUAAAAACAUUUUGAUUUAAAACUGUUGCUUGAAACUGUUAAGUGGUAAUAGUUGUAUCUGUUAAGACUGAUAUUCUAUUUACAUAUUAAUUAUUCAAAACAACUGUUCAGCUCAAUAUUUAACCAUCUAAUUUUUUUUAAUUGAUUCAGUAUUUAUGAAUAAAUUAAUUCACAGAUCUUGAACCAAAACUAUGUUAAUGGACUAAUGACAUCGUAAGUGAAUGAUAAUUUUAUGUCUUGUAAAUUAAAUAUUUUAUUACAAAAUUUUUGAUCAUUUUUAUAGAAAGGCUUUUAAAUAAAAAGACCACACAUAUUUCUAAGAGAACUGAAACACUGUUUGUAUAUAUAUAUGUAUAUAUAUUUAAUAUUUUUGGUCAUAGUAAAUUACAACUGCUGUCGUUAAAGCAGCUAAAAAUUAUUUUGUUUUUUUAGUUUAUAUUUUUAUUGAAUUCUUCAUUAAAUAGCCUUGAAAGUUAUCAACUUAAGAUAUUUUGUUCAAACUUUCUUUUCCAUCAUCAAUUUUCCCUUUUACGCUAGGACAUUUUCAUGGAAUCUCAUAGCAAGUUAUUAUGAAGGACUUCCUUACUUUAGAGAUGGUCUUAUGACUGCAGUACAGCCAUGGUCUGGUAAUUAUAUUGUGGAGACUCCAAUUUGGCUUACAGGUACAUUCUAUAAUCAAAUUAAAGUUAACUUUUGGUUUCCAAAAUUAUUUGUAAAAAUGUUGAUCUAAAUGAUGAAUGAGUACUUUGUUAGUAAUAUCAAAGCAUAUCAAAAACUAAUCUAUAUUACAGUGUUUUUAAUACUGUGUGUCACAACUCAUUAGUGUGUUGCCUUCAGGGUGAAGGUGUGUUGCAUGAAAAUAAGCCAUGCAAACUUUUAUUCAUUUUUUUAAGACUUAAAAAAAAACCCACAUAAAAUGAAUUAGUAUAAGUCACGGACAUAGUGGUGCAAAUGAUAAAUUAUGAAAAGCAGAACUCAAUCAAGAUUAUUUUGCUAAUAUUUCUUAAAAAAUGGGGUCAUGCUACAAAACUUUAAGAAUUGUUUCAAAAUAAAACAGUAAAUGUGAAGAUUAACCCAGUAGUAUAAUGUUUUGGGCAACAAAAUCUCAUUUUGCCAGAUUUUUUUUCCACAUAUCCUUUUUGUUUUUGCCCAGCUCACACAACACAGUUUACUGAUAUUGGGUGGAACUACCUGAAACAUGGCAGUGGAGUUGGGAAGUUACCAAAGGGUGGAUCUUAUGUAGGUCUGGUUAGUCCAGAUGGUGGUCAGAUGACUAUUGUUAUUGAAACAAUGGUAGGUUGCAGUAAUAAAGCUAAUUGUUAUUAUUUAAUCUUGCCUGUUUGUUUACUGUAACAAGAUUGUAAUUUUUUUGUUUUCAACACUCUUUAAUUUUUAGUGACAGGAACCUUGCCAUUUAUGCAUGUGUGAAAAACAAUUUUUUUAUCACUACAAAAGAAAUAGGUUAAAAAAUUGAACUAGUUGAACAUUAAUAUGUGUUUUAAAUUUAUUUUAACUAUAUGUAUACUCUGAGCUUAUAUGAUCACAGAUGUGUUUGAAAAUGUAUAGCAUUGUUUUAAAAUCCACCAGACUCACAAUCAUUCACUUUGUAUUAGACCUCCCCUGCCAAAAUAUGAUGUCCAGCCACAGAAUGUCAUCAUUACAAUUAAAGGAUCUUUUGUGAGUGGUCUUUAUUUUAAAAAUUGUUAAUCUGUAACUUAUUCAUCUUAAUCAAAUUUAUACAUAGAAUUUUAUUUUAUUUGCAAUAUUUACAUUUGUUUUUUAAUUUUAUUGUGCAACAAAUUUUAUUUAAUUUUCAAUGUUCACAUAUAUUUGUGUAUUUUAUUGUGUAUAUUUUGGUUCUUUCUUUAUUCAAAAUUUUGUCCUGAUAUAAUUAUUAAAAAUAUUUUUAAUUGCUAUUUAUAAAUUUCUUAUUAAUUUAUUUACUUCGUUUCUUAUAAAAUUAUUCAAAGAAAUUGUAGGGUUAUUUUUUUAAAAACUUUCACAUUAACAAUUUAAUUUUUUUUUAAAAAUGAUAGAUCUAACCCUUUUAUUAUUUUCACCUAUUAUAAAAAAAAAUUCACUUCCUUAUAACAGAUUUUAAAAAUCAUUAAUAUUGAAAAAAAAAAAAAUCUCAAUCACCAGGCCCAAAUUGCAGAGAUGAAUGUCUGGUAUAGUAAGCUGGGAUUUAAUGGAGCUCCUAAUAUAAUGUUUCAGAAGCAAAGCUCACUCAAGGUAUGUUAAAAUUGUAAUUAUCUUUGAAUUUAUCUUACUAUUUAUUUUUAUAUGUUUUAUUAAAACUGUGUUUGAUCAUAUAAUUACAGUGAAAUGAAUAAGAUACAUAUAUCUAUUUUACCAUCUUUUCCAAAAUUAUCUGAUCAUCAUCUGUCAUCAAAGAAUAGUAUUUUUGCUUUAAAAUUCUACAUUUGUCUAAUCUCACCUUCAUUGGGUGUGUGAUGAAAAAGAAAGGAAAGUGACCAUUAGUGUGAUUAUAAAUUUCAUACUUAAUGAUUAGCUAGAUAGUUAAAGUCAUAAGGUCGCCUGAGAUAAUAAAAUUAAAUAUUAGUUGCAAAAGUUGAUCAUUCACCAUAGAUGUUUGGCAAGUCUGAUAAUAGUCAAUAUGUUGCCUCUCAACAGUUUAAAAAUGGUCAAGCUGAACUACAGCUAGGACUCGAUGAAGUGUUAACACUGACAACUGUAGCACUUGGUCAAAAGGGAGCCUAUCCAGAUCCUCCUGCACCAAAACCAUUUCCACUCCCUUACAAAGAUGAUUUUGAAGGUAUACAAAAAAUUAUCUAAUUUUACAUUACAAUGGCAUCAAAGAUACUUGAUUAUUUUUUUUACUCUACCGCUAUUAUAGAUACCUUACAAUAGUUCAAUUAUAACUUAUCUAUAACUGCAUGAGGCAAACUGAUUUUAAAAUAUGUACACGAUUUUUAUUAAUGCAUCACUUUUAUAUUAGAUUUAAACAUUUUAGUACAUUUGAAUGAAUAUUUUAAUUAACUUGUUUGCAGAAUUGUAAUAGAGAAUGCAUUUUUCAUGAUUAAUAUUGGUUUAAAAAAAAACUAAAAACAUUUUGAGAAGUAGUUUGCUUUUAUCCAUAAUGGUUUCUUUAAAAACCUUUGAAAUUCGAUUAUUACAAAUUUUCAGUGUUGGGCACUUAUAUAUUCUUUAUUUCUUUAUUCAAAUUAUUUCACAAGAAUAGCCAAGAAGUUAUACCAAAAUGAAAUAUUUGUGGUAAUUUUUGUCCACUUUGCUUCUGCUUUAGGUAAUUCCUUGUAUCAGGAGCCCUUUAACUUAGCCCAGCAAACUGGGUCUUAUGAGGUUCUGAGUGAUGGUCAGAACAAAUUUAUUAGGCAGAUGGUUUUGAACACGCCAGUUGCUUGGUGUGGUGCUGACAGAUGGAAUAAAUCUAUUAAUGUGAUUGGUGAAAUUAAUUGGUAAGAGGGCCACCUCUUGUAAAGCUGUAAACAUUAAUUAAACAACCCCUAAAAGCAGAGAAGCACAUGAAAAGAAGAGAAGUUAAUAUAAAGGAUUUAAAAAGAUGGCAGACUAUAACUAAAUAUGCUUACAAGCUCUUUCCAGGAAUUAAAAUUAUCUGGUUCACAUUUGACUAACACUCGCUUUUUCCUAACUGGAAACGGGCAGUCUUGUUCAUAUCUAAGCAACCUUCAUUUUUUUAGGAUCCUGGCGACCUACUCUGCUAAAACCUUGCAUAUAGCAUUUUAUUUACAAGUGAUUCUUUGAUAACUCAUUCAUGAUUUUUUUUAGACCACCUUUUACCGUGGAGUAAAGAAUUUAGAGUAAACAAAAGAUGAAUUAGUAAAUCCAUAAAUGUCAGUAUCUGAUAGAUUUUUUUUCAAGGUUUUGUGCAAAAGUUUUAACUCUGCAGGCCAUUAAAAUUUAAAAUAUUAUUUUUACCUACAAUUGUUGAUAUAUUUUUCUCCAUAUCUGACUUCAUGCAUUUUAAUUUUCCAAUUCUCAUUGGUUCUUGAUUGGAAGAUUCCAGCAGAAAAAUAAUUUAUGGGCUAAAUUCAAAUAACAAUUGUUAAUAGUAUUCAUUUGAAUGACAUGUCUUCUCAUUACACUUUUGAACACAGUCAACUUUUUAAUUAAAAUAAGUCAACGCAUUCAUCUAAAAAUGGGCUUGCCAUUAACAGGGGAUACCAAAAAAAAAAAUUUUUUUAAAAUUAAACUUAUUUUUAUACACCAAGCUAUAUUCAAAAUGCAAAAUUUUUAUAACUUAAAGCUUCAGUGGUGUUGUCUUUGAUACAAGAGUUUCAAAUAAGUAACAUCUGAACAAUUUUGGUAAUGGGUUUGAUUCUCUUCCACUUUUUAGUAUCUUAAAUAUUACUAGAUAGCUAUGUAUCCUCAAGGAUGUACCUUGUGCUGGUACACUUAAGGCUCUCAGAACUCAAAAAAAAUAAUAUCCAAGCGUACUGCACGCCACUGUGCCAGCACUUACUGGUUGGACCUUUGCCACUGUUUACAAUUGGCUUCUGAUAAUGGGUAUGCAAGGGGCAUGUACAAGGGCAUCAAGAGGGCACGAGGUCCACUUAUUUAAAAAAUAGCACCCUCAAGUCAAGUUAUCAUGAACCCAGGUUAUCAACUGCAGUGUAGGGUUGAGCAUUGUCUUGAAUUAUACACAACAAUGAAUGUAGUCACUGAGACCGGACUGGAAAAUAUCCACGUCUUGUCAGUAUUGGAAGAACUAAAUGAAGAGCCAACUUUGCUCGAAAUAGUAAUUGAUUACCUUGAUGGAGGCUCCAAGGAUUGACGACAUUCCUCUAGAAUUCAUCAAAAAUGGAAAACUAUACUACUUCAGCCCUUACACCAGCUCCUCUGUGUUGAAAAGCAGGUCACAUUGUCCAGGACAUGAGAGGCACCAACAUUGUAACAUUGUCCAGGACAUGAGAGGCACCAACAUUGUAACAUUGUCCAGGACAUGAGAGGCACCAACAUUGUAACAUUGUCCAGGACAUGAGAGGCACCAACAUUGUAACAUUGUCCAGGACAUGAGAGGCACCAACAUUGUAACAUUGUCCAGGACAUGAGAGGCACCAACAUUGUAACAUUGUCCAGGACUUGAGAGGCACCAACAUUGUAACAUUGUCCAGGACAUGAGAGGCACCAACAUUGUAACAUUGUCCAGGACAUGAGAGGCACCAACAUUGUAACAUUGUCCAGGACUUGAGAGGCACCAACAUUGUAACAUUGUCCAGGACAUGAGAGGCACCAACAUUGUAACAUUGUCCAGGACAUCAGAGGCACCAACAUUGUAACAUUGUCCAGAAAUGAAGGUGACUGUAGCAAUUGUAAUAAAUAACAAGGAAUUUCUCUCCUUGGCUUAGUUGGACAAACGUUUGCCCAUGUUGCCCUUAAACGAUUGCAGAGUCUGGCUAACCGCAUCUACACAGAGGCCCAGUGUGGCUUCCCAAGUGAUCAUUCAACUAUAGAAUUGAUAUUCUCGUUUCGCAGAUUGCAGGAGAGUGUCAUGAACAGUAUUCCUUUCAUAGAUCUGAUCAAGGUAUUCGACUUAGUAAGCCAGAGUAGCAUGUUCAGUAUAUUGUAUAAACUAGGUUGUCCUCCAUGAUUGCUCACAAUCAUACAGUCAUUUCACGAAAACAAGCAAAGCACAGUAACCUUCAAUGGUGUGGUCUCUGAGGCAUUCCCAGCCAGCAGCGGAGCAAAACAAGGCUGCGUACUUGCACCAACUCUUUUCUCCAUUUUCUUCUCAAUGCUUCUUCAGUUAGCCUUCAGGGACCGUGAAGACGGAGUGUCCAUCCACGCCAGAUCUGAUGGCAGGCUGUUCAAUAUCGCCCACCUUCAUGAAAAAGUCCAAUUUAAAAAAGGUGAUAAUUUGUGAACUGCUGUUAGCUGAUGAUGGUGCCGUGACAUCUCACACAGAAAAAGGUCUUCAAUGGUUAGAUAAUUGCCUCUCUCACACAUGUAAAGGGUUUGGACUGACCCUUAGUCUACAGUAAACAUUUCAUGAUACAAGAUCACAGCCCCCUCUAAACAUAACGAUUGAGGGCCAUAAUAGUUGAGAGUUUCACAUAACUUGAAUCCUAUAUCUCUAGUUCACUCUCCGUUGAUGAAGAGGUGAACAUUAGGAUCGCAAAAGCAGCAGCAGCUAUGGCUAAUUGAAUAAGCUGGUGUGGAAUAAAUUUAAACUAACUGAAAGUACAAAACUAAGCGUCCAUCAGGCAUGUGUGCUUAGUACGCUCCCAUAUGGCAGUGAAGUGGACCACAUAUUCCAGUCAUGAGUGGAAACUAAACAGCUUCCACCAAAGAUGUCUGCAUUGCAUUUUGCUCAUUCGAUGGCAGGACAAGGUGCCUAACACAAAGGUUAUGGAUCAUACCAUAAUGUGCAGCAUGCUCUCAGCAAGGGGCACAUUUGCUGGUUAGGCCGUUGAAGGAAAAUGGAGGAAGGCCAUAUUCAAAAAUUGUAAGCUAAACUUCUCAAAAUAUAGAUGUCAGUCCUAUGAUAACAAUGUUAACAUGUCUGGGCAUUACAAGGGCAUUCAGCAAAGAAAACAACAGCAAUUAAAACCAACCAAUUUGCUAUAUAUGUACCCCAUACAUCCCAAUCACUAAAGCCAACUGGCUGGAAUGCUUGUGAAUGCUCCAUUCCAGCUGGCUGGAGCACUUGUGACUGCUCCAUUCACUAAAUCCUACUGGCUGUAGUGCUUGUGACUGCUCCAUUCACUAAAUCCAACUGGCUGGAGUGCUUGUGACUGCUCCAUUCACUAAAUCCAGCUGGCUGGAGCGCUUGUGACUGCUCCAUUCACUUAAUCCAAUUGGCUGGAGUGCUUGUGUGGCUGGAGUGCUUGUGACUGCUCCAUUCACCAAAGCCAACUGGCUGGAGUGCUUAUGACUGCUCCAUUCACUAUAGCCAAGUGGCUGGAGUGCUUGUGACUGCUGCCAAGAGGCAGUUAAUUUAUUCUGGAUGGUGCAGUUGCUGCAUAACUUUUCUUUUUUAAGCAUCAACCAGUCGUUGGCAAACCAUUAAAAGUUGGAAACAAAAGUGUUUUAAAAUCCCCCUGUUCUAUAAGUUCUGUUCUAUCUUAAGUGUCAGGUCUGUUCUAUCUUAGGUGUCAGGUCUGUUCUAUCUUAGGUGUCAGUUCUGUUUUAUCAUAAGUGUCAGUUCUGUUCUAUCUUAAGUGUCAGGUCUGUUCUAUCUUAGGUGUCAGUUCCUUUCUAUCUUAAGUGUCAGUUCUGUUCUAUCUUAAGUGUCAGUUCUGUUCUAUCUUAAGUGACAGUUCUGUUCUAUCUUAAGUGUCAGGUCUGUUCUAUCUUAAUUGUCAGUUCUGUUCUAUCUUAGGUGUCAGUUCUGUCCAAUCUCAAGUGUCAGGUCUGUUCUAUCUUAGGUGUCAGUUCUGUUCUAUCUUAAGUGUCAGUUCUGUUCUAUUUUAGGUGUCAGAUCUGUUCUGUCUUAAGUUUCAGUUCUGUUCUAUCUUAAGUGUCAGUUCUGUUCUAUCUUAAGUGUCAGUUCUGUUCUAUCUUAAGUGUCAGUUCUGUUCUAUCUUAUGUGUCAUGUCUAUUCUAUCUUAGGUGUCAGAUCUAUUCUAUCUUAGGUGUCAGGUCUAUUCUAUCUUAGGUACAAUUUUAAUGCUACGGUUCAUAUUUCUUGUUUUUUUGAGUUGGAUAUAUUUAAGGGGCACCAAAAUGUUAACCUGCUUGAGGCACCUAAGGGUGUCACCCUGGCCCCUGCCUUCAAUUUUAAGAGCUCCUCUGUUAAAAAUAUUUUAAUUUUCAAAUGGGUGAGUCUUAUCAUUAGCGUGCACAACAAGAAAGGUCAUUUGUCAAGUGAGUCUUGUUCUUUUGUAAUCACCUUAUACAGAUUUGUUUCAUUUAAAUGUAUCAUUGGAGAUUUCCUAAUUUCAUAGUGUCAUAUCAUACAGGACUUUCUGAAAUUAAAAAAAGACAUUUUUUUCUCUCUUUCACAUUCCCAGCCUACUCAUUGUCUCAAGAGCCUAAUCUCCUCGCCCCUCAGAUUGGCUCUUUAGAAGUUGUCAAAUCCCAGAAUGCAUCUCACAGUAAGGUGUCUAGGCAAACAGUUCAGGAUCCUCCAAUCAAAUGGUGCCCUAUUACUUUGAGCUUUCCUAUAGCAGUUAUUGGUGAUUAUAACUGGUAAGACAGGCCACACAUGGUGAUUUGGUUGCUUUACAUAGUCUUGGUCUUCUUGAAUACUUGGUUUAAUCAUGUUUGCUAGUGACUUAAAAAUAGUAAAACUUGGUCUGAAAAGUUUUAACAAUCCUUCGUGCAUGUGAAUGACUUGACCAAACUGAACUGUUUUCCAGACUGCCUUGCCUUUUUUUUUUUUUUACAUUUAGAUAUAAAAAAAUGAAAAGAAGAUGCAGGCUAUUAAAAAAAUAGCUGAAACUACAAUUUUAGGCUAAUUUUAAGUUUUGAAAUGUCUGCUUAAUUGAAAUUGAAAUCUUUUUUUUUUCUUUUUGGGUAUAAAUGGAAAUCUUAUGCCUGCUCUUGUUUUUCACAGAUUGCAGAAAAAUUAAUCUGUAAUAUAGGGCUAAAUGUAUGUCUGUAUUUUAUAUCAAAUAAACAUAUCUUUCUAAAAGUUGUGAGCUAUCACUAUAUUUAAUUUUUUGUUUUUUUGUUUUUUGCAUUAGGUUGAUUACUUUAUUAAACUAACUUUAAAAUAAUUUUAAGAUGAAAAAUGCUUAUUUAUUCAUUGUUCUUGUUUCUUAUUAUUCGUCUUUAUCAUUGGAAAUUGAAUACAAAUAAAUACAUAUAUUCUUUAUAUAAUAUCUACUAAUGUUUAUAUUUCAUUUGAUUCAAUGUCUGAGCAUUGCUUGGUGUCCUAAUCAAUUGAUUAAAUGUAUGAACAUAGCUUGGCAUCCUAAUCAAUUGAUUAAAUGUAUGAACAUAGCUUGGUGUCCUAAUUGUUUGAUUAAAUGUAUGAACAUAGCUUGGUGUCCUAAUUGUUUGAUUAAAUGUAUUAACAUUGCUUGGUGUCCUAAUCAUUUCAUUAGAUUUAAGACACGGACAAACUAUCUUUUUAAAAUAUUCAUUCCUUUCCAUGCACUUUGUUUUUGAUUAUAGUAAAUUUAUUACAUAAGCUUAAGAAAACAAUUAUGUAUAUUAAAUAUUUAUGGAUGGAAACAUAAUUUUCUGAUUAGGAUGAUCUUAGUGGUCUGAAUGAAAUAAUUUAUUUUAUUUACAGGAUGGAUAUUUUUAUUGAGGUGGAAUAUGAGAUCCCAGCAAUUAAUGCCACUAGUGGGGUAUUUGUAGCAGGAAGGGUGUCUGAAGGAGGAUGUGAUGUUUUUCUGGCUCAUGGAGCUUUUUUCUUUGUUUUGAAUGACGGCACCUACAUACUUGCUAAUGAUUUAGGUAAUAAUUUAUAUUUCAUUUAUUCAUGUAUAUUUUAAGAUGGCUCUUAUCGAUUAUUACAUUAUAUGAUAUGGAUAACACAGCUUCACAAAAAAAAUCAGAUAACAUUACAUUUUUUUGCCAUCUAUAACUUCAUAUGCAUCAUAAUCCUUCAAUACAAUGUUAUAGCUCCUAGUGACUACAUUUUAAAAAAAUCUUUUUUAAGAGUUAUUUUAAAGAAUACAAAAGAUUUUGGAACAAAAGCAAAAAUGUUUUAAAGCAAACAUCUAGUUAAUAUAAAUUUCAUGUCAGAUAAUGCCUACAAUGAAAUUUAUGGUUGACAAAAGCAUGGGUGUCCUCAUAAUAAUUUGGAAAUGGGAGGUGGGGUCUCGCUCUGUCAGUCAUGGACGGGAGACUUAGCUGGAUAAUAAAUAAUGUCAUUCAAAAUUAUAAAUUUAAUUGUUUAUAUAAAGUCAGAGAGUUAAUAAUCAAUUAGGAAUAAGAGAGUUCACUUUUAUUGUUGCACAGAUUUUUUCUCCAUUACGAUUUAGUUAUUAAAAAUUUUUUCUCAAUAUCAGUUAGUAAUACAGUAUGUUUAGGGGGUCACCGGACGAAAUUAUUUUAUUGGAGAAGAUAUGAUAAAUUGUACUCAUUAAAUUUAGCGUCUUUCGAAAAUUUUGUCUCUAUUCCUUUUGUAUUAAUCUCUAAAUCAUAAAUUUUAACCCCUUUUAAAACAUCAGAUUUAAUUUUCUUUUAUUUCAUCAAGCCAUUUUUUAAAAAGAGCAAUUUAUUUGUAAAAAAACAUUAAAAAGUUGUUUUGUGUGUGAUUACUUAUUGAUUUAAUCAUUAUCUUGUUGACAGCAAGAACAAAAGUUCUGAAAGAAGGACCCCUUCCAUACCAGUCUGGGUUUCACAAAUUGUCUCUUCUUAUUCAGGUAUUUCAACAUUAGGUUAUUCACACUGAUAAAUUCUUGGAAAUACUUGAAUUUAAGUAAUGUGGUUUAGAUACUGAUAAUAACCAAUAGAAUGAAAAGAAACUAAGCUCUGUAAAAUGUACCAAGUGACUUGCUAAAUUUCUUUUUUUCAUUAAUACAGGGCACAACUGCCAUUGGAGCUUUUGAUGAGAAGGUGUUAUUCAACGUGACCCUCCCUAGCAAGCCAGCCAAUGGUUUUGCUGCAAUAGGAACAGACAGUUUUGGGCUAGCAGACUUUGAUAAUCUUUAUCUGGCAUCAAAAGCAGAUGGUCUGGCUAUCGUGCAGAAGUAUCUAAAACAUUCUCAUGCAGAUCCUCUCAUCUUUCUUCCUGAAGCUCACUAAAUGUUUUUGUGGCAAUAAUUUCUGUUUUAUUCUUUAGCGUGCUGACUUAACACAUUCCGCCCUUUUAAAGCCAAACAGAUAAUCAUGUUGCAUUGGACAUGCCUGUCAUAAAAUUUGUUAGUAUUUAUAGAUUUUCAAGGGGUUUAGGUCAUGGGAAUAAUAAUUUAGGAUAUUUAAUUUGCUUGUGUUCAUUAAUAGUUUAAUUAAAAGUUGUAUGUUUUACAAAUCAUUGAAUUCCGUAAUGUUUCUACAAUGUUAUUUUGCUAUUAAACUUGCUUCACUUGCAGGGAAAGAUAAAUUUGAUUCUUUAAAGAGCAAACAAUCUUAUAAAAUUAAAAAAAGUGUUUCCAAAACUGUUCUGUAUUCUGCAACCUCUAUAAAUUGUUUGACGAAGUCUCACAACCCCUACAAAAGUUACUAUGUAUGUUAGAAUUUAUAAAAAAAGAUAAUAUGUGGACUUCAAUUUUUUGUUUAUAAUUAGAAAGGGAAGUGUAUUUUCUAGAAAAUACACUUGAAUGGUUCAAGGAAAAUCCAGUGAUGUCAGUUUUUUUCCCCUAAAAAUUUUAAUGUUAUCUCCCCUGUGGCUACAUGCCAUUCAAUAGAAUAAGAUGGGACAUAGGCCCAAUUCAAAAAGCGGCGUUGUCAGUAAAUAAAUAUUUAGACAUCUUGACAUUUUUUACUGGCAUGAGCAAUGUUCAAACUUUAUUAUCAAUUUUUCUCAAAACUUGACAUCACUGGUUUUUCCCUUGAACCCUUCACUUUAAUCUUAAAUUACAUAAAGUAAUAAGGUAUUGAAAAAAUUAAUAAAACACGUAAUUUAAAAGUCAAGGCCAAGGGCUCCUCUGUUCUUGCAUAAUUUAUUUUGUAAUUGGGUGAAAAGAGUUGAUUAGGAUCUCUUUGGUUACUGUGUUGUUUUUUUUAUGCUGUUAAAAACUGAUAGUUAUUUCAAUUUACUGUACUUAAAUUUCAGCAAAUGGGUAUUUAGAUCAUUAAUUCACCUCUAUAUAAAAUAAGACAUCACUAAAACAAAUUUAACGUUUCCUAACCAAAAAAAGUUAUGUGGGACAAAAACCAGUAUUAUUUAUUAAGCAGAGCGAAGUUAGCAGUACAGUUGUAAAGUAAUUUGUGUUUCCUUUUUUAACUUGUCAAAUUCACAGUUUGUUAUACUAAAAAAUAUGUUAAAAAAUUGAAAAUUAUUUUUUUAUGUGAUAAAUGUUUUGUAAAUAAUACCCUCAUCUAACCUCUCACCUAAAUUUAUAACUUAGUCCACACAGAAAUAUCUCCUUGAAGAAUUUUGUUUAAUUUAGCUCUGUAGGUUUCUAUGUGUUUCUUGAACAUUGUUUGGCACACAUAUUUAACCUCCACCAUUCACAGAGGUGGGGUUGGUUUUGUGGGACAAAUGAGGUGCAUUGACUUCUAUUUUACGCAUCUUAGUAAGAAAUAAUCAGCUUUCCUUUAAUUUCCAUUUUUUUUUAGUUUUGUAUUCUGAAGUUAAAUUGCUCAAUCCAUUUGCAAAAAAUAAAAAAGCUUAUGUCAAAUAUUUUACCCUUAACUAAUUAAACAAUUUCAAUUGAAUAAAGUUUGUACACAUUUUUAUCUUGGUCUUGUUUUCUUUGUGUAAGUCUCUCCUAUUUUCUACAAGAGGCUUAAGCUGAUAAGCUCAAAUUGGCAAGACUUAUGUACCCCUUUGUAUUUUAAUUAUAGCAAGCCUUGACCUUGAUUUAAGGUGGUUUUGUCUCAAAUUUUGGUGCUUACAUCUCUGCAGUUAAGAUCCCAUCUGCAAAUUUUACUUUUGUCAUUCUGCUUGUAAUAUUUUUCAUUGUUGCAUUUUCGUUACCUUUGUGACCUUGCUGAUGUUUAAAAAAACUAUGUUACUUUGCUAUAAGCAAUAAUUCGGGUCAAUAAAAUCAGAUUCCAUUAAUAUUGGGGAUCUUUCAAUAUUUUUUGUAAACAAUAUUCUAUGCUAAUAGCUUUGGUAUUAUUAAAAAGUAGAAAAAGUGGUAAUUUUUAAAAAUAAAACAACAAAUUUGUAUUUAGGGUGCUACGUGAUGUUGAAGUUGGACUUAUUUUAGUAGACUUCUGAUUGUGUUGUACAAGGAAAAAUAUUUAAUAGUGAAUGUAUUUGAAAUUUUGCGAGCCAUGCCACCGCUGCUUUAUUUGGGAAUUUGCGUAAAAGCGUGGUUCCACUACUUAAAAAUUCAAUUAAAACAAUUGUUACAGAACGCAUGAAAAUAGUUGUCAUGAUAAUUUUAUUGAGCAUUAAUACAACUGAGAAAUAAAAAUCUAAAAUGUCAACAUAUUCAAAUUAGUUUUAAUUUGUAGAGGAUGACCCCUCCCCCCCAAAAAGGGUGGGGGGGGGGAUAGAAGUAGUACAACAUUUUAUGCUUUUAUCUUUGGCAAAAGAUAAAAUGGCUUAUUUAAAUAUAUUUCAUCAGAUUUUCCUAUUCAGCAUUGAAAAGCAAUAAUUAUUAUUUUUUGUUGCUGAAGAUUUUCCAUCAAGCAGCCAACUCUUAAGCUGGAAUAGCCAAGUACAGAUUAUCAAAAUCUGCUAAACCAUAACUGUCAGUUCCUAUGCCAGCAAAGCCAUUGGUGGGUAGGUUGGGAAUGGUUGAGUUAAACACAAUAUUCCUAUCAAACACUCCAAUAGCUCUGUUUCCCUGUUGUAAGAGAAAAGUAUUGAGAUCAUAAAUGAUAACUUCAUAAGCAUAUGCAUAACCAAUUUUACCCGAAUGAUACAUGUGAAUUAUGAAUAGUUGAAAUUUAAAGUUCAAAUCUAUGUCACAAUGUAGUUGAAUGCAAGAAUGCAAAUUAUACUAUGCAUCUUUGAGGUUUUUCAUUUUUGAAAACUAUGUAAGAUAGUUACCUGAACAAGAAGAGAAAAUGUGUGCCAUCCAGACUGUUGUGCUAAUGUUCCUUCCUUUAUUACCUUUGUUCUAGCUGUUGAGCAGACGUAACACUUUAUAAAAAAAAUAUGCUCAGUAGGACUACAUACACUGAUAGCAUAAAUAUUUAAUUUACAAAUUUAAAAAAGA